UGCGCGCGUUCCCGGAACUAUUAAAAAAAUAUACGCCCGUUUGUUCCGGGGGGACGCUUUACAGCGACGGACUGGAAGUAGGAUUUCUUCAGUUAAGUCGUUUGGUGACUUAAGAAUUAGUGUGCGGUGGAAUCUAAGUAUUUUCACGUCCAAUAAAGUAUGGCCGAGACCACGGAAACACAGAAGGAGUACGAGGAGCUGUUCGCCCACAGAUUUACUUCCGAGGACCCUGAAUACCAGCAGUACAAGAGCCGGCCACCGGACCCCCCACCCAUCGUGGAGGACUGGAGGAGUCGUGGAGGAAACCACAGAGGCAGGGACAGGGACCGUCGUGGAGGUCGUGGGUGGGGUGGAGGCGGAGGUUGGGGAGGAGACCGAGGCUGGAGAGGGGACCAUCGUGGGCAGCAGAACUGGCACGACAGAGACCGAGACCGAGACAGGCACUCGGGUCAUGGAAGUGGGUAUCGCUCAGGUCCUCCAAACUCGUACCAGGGGUACAACUCUCAUCAUCAGAGACCACAUUAUGACCGCUACUGAUCUCCUCUUCUGUCUCUCAGGUGUUGUCAGUGGUAUUCUUAGUAUUCACAGUCUUAAUACUUACAUUGCAGUUCCAUAUGAGGAAAUGUGCAACUGUUGUCUCAUUCUCAUAAGCUGAUCAAUAGAUCAAUAUUAUUUACUGUUCAUCAUUAUGAUUGGAGGAACUUAGUCAACAGUCUGAAAACAAAAUAUUAUCGUCUAAAUAGGGAAAAAAAAAAUCAAAUACUCCGAAUAACUUCUGUAAUGUGACAGAAGAAAUUGUUCAACUUCCGUUUCAUUUAAAUAAGCACUGUUGUUUUUCUGUAGCCACGUCACAUUUCUCCCUCUCAUCUCUCAGCAACACUGAAAAUAACUUCUCUUUUUUUGUCCUAUCGUUUAUUUUAACAAUAUCUGAUUAUGACGUCAUCACUCAGGAGUUGUUUUGAGCUCAGAUAGUUUUGCCGCCACAUUUUUCACGUGCUUUGAUACCAGGGUGGUGUUACGAUGUACAGUACAGUAUUAUUGCAAACAGUGAUUCUGAUUCCAGAGAGAAUUUAUUUGUAUUGCAGCGUUUAUUAUUCUGAAUCACACGGAUACUUUUGAACUGAGCUGUUGUCAAUAAACGUGUAUUUUUCGUAAUC